UAUCUUUAAUGAUUAUUUAUAUUUUUAGUGUGAGCCUGGAAGCAGAUCUGAGCAGCGACGAGACCAUUUGCACGGAAGAUAAACCCACAGUGAAAUGUGUUCGCAUCUCAAUCAGUUACAGGUUCAUUUUCAGCAAAGUUCAAGUGUUAUCGAGCUAUUUUGGCUUUGUUGUACCUGUGAUUAUAUCAAUAUACUAUAGCUGGGUAAAGAAACAAUGGCAAAUAAUAGAUAUAAUAAAGAAGCAAUUGAGUACGGUACAGUUGGACAACAUAUACCCCAAGGUGCUAUUCAACGCUAUACCUGUAGGUGAUGUUCUUCAUAUUACAGUAAAUAAUUGGCUUGUAAAGGGUCUAUUAGACAGGUUACAUGAAGAAAAAUGCCAAGAAAAGAUAGUCAACUGCGAAGUCCUUCACGACCCUGGGUCGGAAGUUCGUAAAGCUGACAUAAUUUUUGUUCAUGGAAUAAAAGGUGCUCUUGAAAAGACGUGGACUCAAGGAGGAUGGGGUUUGACAAGGUUUCAGGUUUUAAACCUCCGAGAAGAGAAACAAACUGCUUGGGAAGUAGAAAUACAAGAAGACAAAAACUCGGAUCCUAAGUCUAUAUGCUGGCCACGCGAUUGGCUGCCAAAGGACUGCCCGUACGCAAGAGUAAUUGCCAUAAACUAUACCACUGAUCCCUACCUCUGGAGGCCUGUAUGGGUACCGAAACAUAUAAGGUCUGGGAUGUCGGAGAGAUCCUGGGAAAUGAUUGAUAGUCUAGUCGAUUUAGGCGUUGGGAAGCACUCUAUAUUUUGGGUCGGACAUUCCAAAGGUGGGCUGUAUGUAAAACAGGUACUCGUAAAUGCCUGCGAAGCAUCGGAAGAUAAGUAUAGAGAUCUCAGUAAUAAGACGAGAGGAGUAAUAUUCUACAGUGUGCCGCAUCGAGGAUCGAUACUGGCCAACUUGAGAAUACCACUUCUGAGGAAGUCUAUUGAAUUGUGUGAAGUUCAAAAAGAUUGCAAAGAAGUACUGACUCUGCAUCACAAAUUCAAGGAAUUGUUAAAUUCAAAAGAUUUAGCGAUUACCAUUAAGAGUUUUAUUGAAACGAGGUUAACAUUGAUGGGAUUCGUCUAUGUGAAAAUAGUAUCAGAAGAAUCCGCUGAUGCUGAAGUAGGUGAAUUAUACGGAAUACCUCUGGACCAUAGGAACAUAUGUAAGCCAAAGAACAGGGAGUGCUUCUUAUACAAAGAACUGGUAAAAUUAAUACAAACAAAUAGUGAGGUAUAA